AUGUCACGCGACGAUCACCGUCGUCAUGGUACGAAGCGACAACGACCAUUACCGAGUAAAACUUCAAUCGGUCGUAUAAAGUUCGCCGUGUCUUGUUCAUCGAAUAUGAAUCGGUCGAUGGAAGUACACGAUCUAUUAGCACACAGCGGGUUUAAUAUCAAAUCUUACGGGUCGGGAAACUACGUUAAACUGCCAGGCCCAUCAAUUGACAAACCUAACAUUUACGAGUUUGACAAGAUCUCUUAUCUUCACAUUCGGGAGGACUUGGUCAACAAAGAUAGGGCAUUGUAAGUUAAUAUCUAUAAGCUUUCAAUACAAAAGUUAGUUUGGUCCAAAAGUACGUAUAAGGAACAAAUUUAAUGUCUUACGGUCAAUAUUCAUUUCAGAUAUUCACACAACGGGUUACUUCAGAUGCUGAAGAGAAACAUCAGAGUCAAGGAAAAACCUCAAAAGUUUCAGCAUUGCAAAGAAGAGUUUGAAGUUAUAUUAUGUCUAGAAGAACGUGUAUACGAUCAGGUAAGACACAAACAACUUGAAAACUUAUGCAAAUGGUGUCUAAAGCAAUAUUAUUUUUUAAUAUAUACCUAUAGGUUGAUUUAUGGCAUUAAUAAGGAAUUUCGUUUUAGAUAAUCGACUUCUUCCACACUCGCAAACCGACAUCCGGCAAUGUAGUACACAUCUUGAACAUAGAUAUUAGGGACACGCAAGAAGAAGCUUCUAUUGGGUCUUACUUUGUGCGAUUGCUCUGUCAACAGGUAGGUUUUAACCACAGGGCUACUACUAGUUAUGUCAGAUUCUUGUUUAUUCUAUUAACUUUUAACAAAAUAUCUAAAAGAUUGGUUGAUCAGCCUAAAGUAAAGAUAACUUGAUGUCACCCAAAAUCUUAUAAAGACCUUAUCAUUUCUAUUUUCAGCUAGAAAGCCUCGACAACCUAGACAACCAAAUCGACGAUGUUCUACUGAACCUUGACGCCGAAAACUCGAAUCGCAAUAUUCUACAUUCAGUUCACUUUUACUGA